AUGCAUAGUGGAUAUAACAUUGUUCUCCUAACAAUUUGUUGGCAGCAUGCGUUCUCCUACGGAACUACCGCAAGGGAUCGCCCAGCAGGACGAGAAGACGGCGCCAACAUGCAAAUACGAGAAAUCAAUUUUCAGGUACUUCAAGAAGGCCAACAUGGUGUACCGGUGACGUUCGCUACAAUAGGUGAUACUGUGUAUCAUAAGUGGUCAUGCGAGUCAGCAGAGAAGGCAAAGUACUGCAUGACAGUACAUUCCUGUAGUGCCGAUGAUGGACAAGGAAUGGGGCAGCAAUUGAUUGACGGUAAUGGGUGUUCUCUUGACAGUUUUCUCUUGAAAAAUCUGGAUUAUGGAGACGAUCUGAUGGCUGGACAAGCGGCCCAUGUGUUUAAAUUCGCCGACAAACCAACAAUUUUCUUCUCCUGUAUGAUUCGACUAGAAUUCAAAGAGGAGACAAGUGACGGGUGCACUCAUCCGUCACAAUUCUGCUCCGACGCAAGACACGAAUCGGUUCCAAUCCAGACACCGGAUCGCCUGCAAACUAACAUAUCGAAGGACUUUCCGAAACCGCCUGCAAAUAUAGAAGAAGAUGACGAUGUUGGAAACGUGGACGGAACCAUGGAGCGAAACAACUAUGAUGAAUAUCUGCAUUUCCGAAAAGCACGAGCUUCCUCUCGUUAUGUCGUUGAUGUCGAUGUGACCGCCCCAUCUGUGGAGGUAGUGGAGCUUCCAGAGUACGCUCCCCUUAUGGAACCUAGCACAAGGAAUGCCGGGACCACUCCUUGCGGUUUACAAGUAGGUGUGUGUGCCGCGACUACCGCUUGGCCUUGCACUGACUCUGUUGACGUUCCUUGUCGGAAUAAGUGUUUUCUUUUACCUGGAGAUAUCAUCAAGGAUACAAAAAUCAGAAUCACGUUACCGGCAAAGUCUUGCUCUUCCUGA